AUGCGCCGCAAAUAUGCGCAACUCGCCCUCCCGACGCUCUACUUCAGGGACGGCAUCCUCUCCGUUCCUGGCUACACCUUUGAGAAGGCCGUGCCAUGGGAGGAUACUGGCAGCAUGACUCUCCUCUCGGAAGGGACGAACCUGCAGGACGGAACGAGCGUACUGGCCAAGAUCGUCCCCGCGCACUCAAAUGCGUCGAUGCUGCUUGAGCGGGAGGCCCACAUACUUGAGAAGAUGGCGACCUCGCCGGAGUCGUCAAGCUCGACACUCCGGAUGAUCGACUUCUUUACGAUCCCCAAGACGAAUGGAGAUUGUGCUGUGCUGCUGCUCUUCCACCCGGGGCUCAACAUUCUCGGCCGGUACUUUCCCCCUGCCAAGGUCAACAAUCUGCUCUUCGGCGACAUCUCACGUGCGCGACCGUCUUCCUCACACCGCGACAUCUACAUGUCUGGCGUGGAGGAGCCGUACAUCAUGGAAGAAAUGGAGGCCAUCGAGAUUAUGGACCUUGCAACCUUCCUCGAGUUCGCGAUACAAGCCACGCACUGCUUGGAAAUGAUGCAUAGGCAGGGUCUUAUCCACCGCGAGGUGCGCGCCAACGCCUUUCAUCUCAAUCACCACAGCGGCCUCGUACGCUUGGUGCACUUCGGCAACCGUGCGGUUUCUCUAGAGCAAUUCGGCGUGCCAUCCGAGUUCGUGCUUCAGGCGGACGCAUUCGAAGAGGUGCAGAAACUGAAGGUCAAAGAGGCGCUGUGCUACUUCGCGCCAGAACAGACAGGCAGUAUGGAAAACCUCGCCGAAGACCAUCGGACGGACUUGUACUCCCUUGGAAUCAUGUUCUGGACACUUCUGGUAGGUCGGGGCACAAUGCCCUUUGAGGGCGGACCUCUUGAGCUGCUGCACGCCGUCGUGCAAAAGCGCCCGAUGCCAGUGCACGAAGUCCGCCGCGACAUCCCUCAGGUUCUUGCCAUGAUUAUCGAGAAAUUGCUUUCCAAGUCGCCAGACGGGCGAUAUCAAAGCGCGCAUGGGCUCAAGGCAGACCUCCUAGAGUGUCAACGUCGACUACUCGCUGCGGUAGCGCUUUCCUCCGAUGAACCAGCGGAGCUCAUCCCGCAUUUCGACAUCGCGACGGAAGACCGGUGUAUGGAGUUCACCAUUCCGAGCCCUCUCUUUGGCCGCGACAAGGAGCUGGAGACGAUUCGCAAUAUCAUCCGGCAUACCUCGACGAGCUACUCCCGUCAAAUAGGCGCGUCGCGGGGCUCUUUUGUCAUGAGCUCAAGUGGCAGCGGCGGCACAAGCACUGUCGGCACGGCGGAAGACCCGAGCGAUUCCAUGUCAAGCAAGAGCUCGGCGUCCGCACAGAUGCUCGUGUCGCCCGAGUCUCCGGGUUCGAAGAUAUCCUCCAUCGACACGGUCACGCAGCAAGGCUCCGUUACAACGGUUACCUCUGGGACGGUCUCUACGAGCGACGGCCUUCGCCGCGUCGCGCUCACCCCGUCGCAAAGUCGCGCCCGAACACAUGCUGCCAUGGUCGUCGGGCCUCCAGGUGCCGGCAAGAGCUCGCUUAUUCUUGCACAGCAAGCGAAGUGGAGAUCACAUGGCCUGUGGGGACAAGCGAAGUUCUCCGAAGUUGAACCCGGGCCGUUCGCGUCGCUCCUCGCCUGCCUCUCGCAUGUCCUCCGACAACUCAUAGUGUUCCACUCGGACCUGCACCGCUUCGUCAAUGACCUCAAACAGAGGCUCGGGCCGCAGCUGCAAAACGUGCCGCUGCUAUACGAGGGCGCACCGGAGCUGAAGACUAUCUUCGCGCUGUUCGACAUCGUGAUCGACACGCCGCAAGAGUCGCUCGAGACCAGCGAGCUGCCCGCGCGCUUUCAGUCACUCGUGGAGAGCGUGUUUGCGGUCCUUGCGGAGACUAGGUUGUUUGCACUGUUCUUGGACGAUCUGCACGAGGCCCCCGAUUCGUCGCUCGAUCUGCUCAACGCGCUGGUCAAUUCCCGCACUCGUCUACUCAUCUUCGCGACCGUGCGGUCAGACAGACCCGACCGGCUUGAAAGGAUCCGGCAAACCUUCUCCACCAAGUCGACGACAUGGAUACACCUUGAGCCGCUCAGCUACCCCGCUGUCUCGACCCUCGUCGCGCGGACACUGCACCGGCCGAAGGAGGAGGUCGCACAUCUUGCACGCAUCAUCCACGGAGCCUCAAGCGGGAACCCGUUCUCCGCACGCAACAUCCUUACUACGCUUUACAGGCAACGACACAUAUUUUACGAUUGGGAGAAGAAUAACUGGCAGUUUGACAUUACGGCGAUCGAGACGACGCUGUUCGACAAAAAGUCGAUCGCGACGCCGGGCGAUCUUGGAUUUUUGGUAAAUCACCUACGUGAGCUACCAGAGGACGCGCGGAAGUUCGUCAUCUGGGCGUCUUUCUUUGGACCUACGUUCAAGGUCGCCGAGGUCGCACUGUUGAUGGACUGGGACGACUCCGGAAGCAGCGGCAGCGGUACGGAAGAGGAGCACGAAGACAUGUGGAACGUCUCGAAGGCCGUACACAACUUCCGCGAAAAGGAGAACGGGUCGUCGGCCACGCGCCGCUCGAUACGCGGGCUGCAGACGGCGAUCGCGGAGGGCUGGCUGAUCCAGCGCGCGAGAGACAUGUGCAGCUUCUCGCAUGACCGGUACCGCCAGGCUGCGCAGGCGGAGGCAGAGAGCCAGCCUGAAGAGGCGAUUGCUAAGAUGUCCUUCCGGAUUAUUUUGACGAUGCUCCAUGAGUCGACCCCCGACAUCUACCGUAUAGCGGAACAUGCAAAGAGGUGUCUGCCGUUGCUUCGCGAGCACUCAAAACGCGACGAGCUGCUCGAAAUGUCGAUAGAUGCCGGUGAUUCUGCGAGGGCUCGGGGUGCCCAUGAGCUCGCACUGCAAUCGUACAUGAAUGCUCGGUCAUUGCUGGAUGAGAACUCAUGGAAGGGUGACCCGGUCCGGACGUCGUCGCUCUACAUACGGCUAGCGGAGCUAUAUACGUGGAAGUCCGAGUUCAACUUGUCGGACAACCUGCUGCAGGAGUGCCUGAUCCGGUGCGAGAGCCCUGAAGAGAAGGCACGGCUGCUCCGGCUGCGAUCGCGCAACCACUGGAUGCGGGGGAACUACUCGGCGGCGUUGAAUGACAACAUUCUGGGGCUGCAUCUGCUCGGGGUGGACGUGAACGCGGCGCCGACGCGUCGAGAGGCGGACAUCAUGUUCGAGCAGGUCAAGAACGAGAUCCUGGCGGUCGGCUUCGAGGACAUCCUCUCCAUCCCCCGCGCGCGCGACAGCCGCACCGAUCUGGCAAUUGCGCUGCUCAACGACGCAGGCACGAACGCGUACUGGAGCACUGGUGAAGGCUUCGCUGAUGUCAUAGGACUCACGACGAUCCAGCUCGCGUUGCGGGCGGGGAUGUGUCCGGGAACGGCGCUGGGGUUCUUCUGGGCGCUCGGAGCCGCGGCAGAACGGCGGGAGCUCUACCGAUUCUCAGCCGACCUUGGCAAGCUCGCGUUGCGGAUCGCAGACCAGUACGGCAGCAGCUUCGAGAAGUGCCGCGCUCUCGUCCUGUUCUCGAUCAUGGUCUCCGGUUUCGACAACGUGCACAUCCGCGCGAAUGUGCCCAGGCUCGAGGAGGCGAUCAAGUACGGGCAGAGCGCGGGCGACAGGAUAUACACGAGUUUCGCCACGGCCCACCUGGUCGUUACACGGCUCUACAUAUGCGACCACAUGAGCGAGCUGGUCAUGGCGGCGGAGGAGGCCGUGUCCGACAUCUCGCUCUGGGCGCCUAGUGGCGAUAUUGCGGUUUUGGCGCAGGGUACGCUGAACUGCAUCCGCGCUAUUGGCGGCUACACAAUUGCGCAGUCCGCCGACACGGCGUUCGAUACUGAGACGUUCAAGGAGUCCGAGUACCUUGCCCAAGUAGAGGCUUUGGGGACCAUCAAGGUCGCUAUGAAUUGGUACGUCGUUGGGCUGUUCAGUCUUGGGUACGUGGAGGAGGCCGCACGUCUUGGAUUCUACGUAUACGAGACACGCGAUAGCAACCCCAAUCACCGGCACACUCGCUACUCUCUUUUCUUCCACAGUUUGGCGUUGAUUCACUGCUUGAGGAAAGGCGGUCUGCCAGUAGAGGAACGCACACGCUACUUCAAGCAGGUCGAGACCAAUCAGUCUUACAUCCGGAAAUGGCUAUCACCGAGUCCUGUCAACACGAGUACAUGGGUCGCCCUCAUCGAUGCGGAGCUGGCAUCUUUGAUGAACAAUCCUGAUGCAUUCAAACUUUACGAUGUCGCCGUGAAGCUCGCAGUGAACAACGACUGGUUGCUAGAAGGCGGUUGGGGACUCUAUCUGCAAGGAAGUCAUUUCGUGCGAUGCGGCGUCGAAGGUCUGGGAAGCGAAUUGCAACGCCGGGGCAUUGCGCGGCAGGCACAGUGGGGAGCCCGGGGUCUGGUCACCUAUCUUUCAUCGCUGCUGGAGACGCGAUCGCAGCCCGUUCCGCUGAAGCGACACAUCUUCUCUGCAGACGUGGCUGUUCAAACCGACAGCAUGGUCAUCGCUGCUCAGCCUGCUCUACACGGCGGCUUCGAGCGCACGAGCUUGGAAGCAACUGAAGAAGAGCAGAUCUCCACACUGACCGCGACUGACCUCGCUUCGAUCUUGAAGUGGAGUAAGGAGAUAUCGGGGGACAUCAACCUGUCCAUGGCUCUGCAGCGAUUGACUGAAAUCUCUACCGAGGUAUCUGGCAGUCAGAGUACCUGUGUCGUCAUCGCCCGUGAGGCAGGCGACUACACGGUCGCCACCAGCAUGAACCCUCCCGACGCCUGUAAAGUGCACGAGAAUCCGCUGCCCAUCCGAUCAAUCUCGGACCCGCUCAAACGAACGAUCAUCCAGCAUGCCCUGAACACCAAAGACCGAGUGUACUACGAGGACAUCACGUCCGAGCCGCGCUUCGCGUCCGAGGCGCAGCUGAGCCCGCACCGCUCCGUGAUCUGCAUCCCGAUCUUCAGCAACCGCGGGCAGACGUUCGGCGCGGUGUACCUCGCGUCGAAAUACGCGUUCUCGCCGAACGUGGUGACGAUGCUCACGCUGCUGUGCCAGCAGGCGAGCAUCGGAAUCUCGAACGCGCUGCUGUUCCGCUCGGUGCAGGCGGGCACGAAGGAGAAUCUGAAGAUGAUCUCGGCGCAGAGGGACGCGCUCGAGGCGGCGAGGAAGAGCAGGGAGGACGCGUUGAAGGCGACGAAGAUCAAGAGCAACUUUUUGGCGUCGAUGAGCCAUGAGUUGCGCACGCCGUUCAGCUCGUUUUACGGUCUUUUGGAUAUCUUGAGUGGCACUGAAUUGAAUGCGGGUCAGAGGGAGAUCGUCCAAACAGCUAAGCAGUCUUGCGAACUCCUGCUUAAGAUCAUCGACUCUAUCUUGGACUACAGCAAGCUCGAGGCUGAUGCGGUCAAACUAGAGUACUCAGGCUUCUCGGUGGAAAACUUGCUUGCGGACUGUAUGGAACUGCUCUUGCCCAUGGCCGCGAAGAAGCUUGACCUCUCGUUCAACAUCGAGCCCACUGUCCCACCUUGGGUGAAGGCUGACUACGCUCGAAUACGCCAAGUGUUGAUGAACUUGAUCGGUAACGCUGUCAAAUUCACCGCGAACGGCUUCGUGCGAGUUACUUGUGCCGUCGAUACCACCCAGCCACGGACGACAACGGACGUGCAUCUCAAGUUCUCAAUACAGGAUACCGGCAUCGGGCUGAGCUCUUCUGACGUCGAUCAGCUAUUCGUUCCCUUUCAGCAAGCUGACAACUCGUCAACACGACGAUUUGGCGGAACCGGCCUAGGCCUAUCCAUUUCGCGACAACUCGUCAAACUCAUGGGAGGUGUCAUUGGCGUGCAGUCGGAGCUCGGCGCCGGGUCGACGUUCUGGUUCACCAUCCCCGUGAAAAUUUUCGAGUCCGAGGAGUCGCAGCAAUCCCUGCAAGAAAUCGAGAAGCUGAAGGAGACUCUCGUGAAGACGCGCCCGCUCCGGCUGCUGAUCAGCUCAGUCUCGAGCGCAACGAUCUCAAUGCUCGGCACGAUGCUGAGCGGGUUCACGAUCGCGGCGGUGCCGUCGAUCGACGACGCGGACCGGUUCCUGCGCAACUCGGAGUUCGCGACGCAGCCGCUCGACUUUGUGAUCCUCGACGACCAGUCCGAGCACCGCGCGGACGACCUCGCGCGCGUCGUGCGCUCGCUGCCGUACGCGGCGCUCCGCGAGACGAAGGUGAUCCACCUGUUCACGCCGACGACCGACAACCUCGCGGGCGCGCCGAUGCUCAGGAACGACAACGACACGACGCCGGGGAUCACGCGCAUGACGAAGCCGCCGAGGCAGCAUAAGCUCCUACAGAUGCUCGCGAGCUUGAAGAACGUGCUGGAUCAGGUGCAUAUACGGCCUGUGGUCAACGCGUCGGAGCUCCGUGAAGAGGAGGCGCUGGCGCAGCGGACGCUAUUCGGGAACGUCUUGGUGGCAGAAGACAAUCCGGUCGCGCAGAAGCUCCUGAUGAAGCAGCUGGAACGGUACGAGCUCAAUGUAGUCGCGACGUCCAAUGGCGAAGAGGCCAUAGCUGAAUGGGAGAGACACGAGCCUGGGCACUUCAGCGCUGCACUGUUCGACCAUCAUAUGCCGAUAUGCGAUGGCGUGGAGGCCUGCAAGCGUAUACGAAUACUGGAAGGGAAGCGGAAAGUGCCUACUCUGUUGCCCAUCGUCGCCCUUAGCGCGGACUGUCAGGAGUCAACCAAACAGCUGUGUCUCAGCGCGGGCAUGAAUGGGUUCUUUAGCAAACCUCUGAAGAAAAACGAUCUGCUGCACCUGCUCGGGAUGUUCGGACCUCCAAUACCCGCGCAGAAUACAUCUCCACCUCCCACGCCGCCAUAG